AUGGAGCCGCUGGAGAGCGCGGCGGACAUUGUCCAUCCUGAAGUUCGAGCCCAUAUUGGCAGCCUGGUGUCUGCGCUCGGUGGCACAAGUGCGGAAGACGAUGGCAAUUAUCAGCUCGGUGACGAUGCGCUCGAAGUUUUGCGUGAUCUGAAGCGCUGGAUUCGAUUCUACGACGAGAAAACCAACCGAAUGGAUGUCGCACGGUGUAUUUACGAGGCGAACCUCAUUGAGGGAGACCUACUCCCAAUUCUCAGGACUUGGCCUGAGAACGCAAUGGACAACAAGUUUCGGUCAAGAAUCGCACUGGCUUGCUUCGAGCUGAUGGUUCCAUUGACUUGGCCAAUAGAUUGGGAUAAGGAGCGCAUGACGGUAAACCAUCACAGGCAUCUGCCCGUUUUGGAGCUUGCACAGGUCCAGUACAAGAGGGCAAUCAUCAACUUUGACGGCGCUCGUAUCUUACAUGCUGCUGUCAGAGCAGCACUGCCGGCCAUGGCGCUUCCUAUUGGCGACCGAACAGCAAGGGACCAGGGCAUCAUCAAGCUUGUUCUGUUCUUUCUCCGGAACAUGGCCUCGAUUACGCCGCCUCCCAACGGCAAAUACAAAGGCGAUGAAUCCCAAGUCUCCCGGUCGGCUAUCAUCGAUGCAUUCUCAUACCAAGAUAUUUUCCAUGUACUGCUCAUGCUCUCGUCAAAUAUGGGUGAGGACUUCCGAACCGAAGACACGACUGUUAUGGAAAUCAUAUACCACCUAGUCAAGCGUGUUGACUCCGAAAAGCUUUUUAUGAAUGAGCAGCAGCUGAACAAGGCCAAGGCUACCGAGUUAUCGGCCUUGAUGAAUAAAGAAUCAGCCAUGCUACAGUCGCAUAACCGUAAAGGAGCCACCCGCCAUAAUCGAUUUGGAACCAUGAUCUGGGUUAAACGAGAUGGUGGUAAAAUGUCAUCCAUAUCAGGACAGGAUGCGCUGGCGGACUCCUCGAUCCGCAACCAGAAGAUGGACGAAAUCAAGAAGUUCAAGCCUCCACGGCGAGGGCGAAAAGACAACCAAAAUGAGAGGGAUCUUGGCCCUCCUGUCAAGCUCAACGCUCGUGCCAACGACCAGCUGCGCAAAUUCGUUAAUGAGUUUCUUGACUCUGGCUUCAAUCCGCUAUUCCAACAUAUUCGCAAGACCAUUGAUCGAGAAGCGCCGCACUUGCUUCAGUAUCACCGCCGGCAAUUCUUUUACCUGGUUGCUUGGUUUCUGGAAGCAGAGCGGGUUCGUCGAAAGGCCAAGAAGCCCAACAGCCAGGAGUCUGCAGACAUUAGCAGUUUUCAAUUGGUUGCCGGUGUGCUGAAUCAGGAAAUGUUCAUCACGUUGAGUCGGGCAUUACAGGAGAGCUAUGACAUGAAGGAUUGGACAGAGUUAACUGCGGUGAUGCGAUGCUUUACCCAGAUUCUGUUAACAGUUCAGGAGAUGGCCGAGUCGGCGAACGAGGAUGAUCAGCAAAUUGCAGAAAACGUUUUGAGCCGACUCUUUUACGAAGAGUCGGCACAUGAUGCCAUUGCCAAUAUCAUUAGGACGUAUAAGGACCAAGGAUUUGACUAUCUAGAUGCCUCUACGGAACUUGUUCACCACUUUUUACGAAUUCUAGAGUCGUAUUCGAAGCAGAAUGUGGACAUGCAAGUCCGUUCAAGGAAGCGGACACGCAGGAAGAAGAAACAGGCGGCCAAGGAAGGCGGCGAUGAAGAGGAAGCGGUGCUGGAUGAUUCAGCCGACGACGAGGACGCAGCUGAGCGCACAUCCAAAGAACGCAAGUUUGAUUUCCAUAAAUUUUCUGCUCGAUUUACACCCCAAGGCGUCGUCGACACCUUUAUCCGGUUCACAAAGUACUACCGAGACUUGACAGACACGCAGUUGAAGCGUGCUCAUCGAUACUUUUACCGCCUGGCCUUCAAGCAAGAUAUGAGCGUCAUGCUCUUCCGUGUUGACAUUAUUCAUCUGUUGUAUAACAUGAUCAAGGGGCCCAAUGCGCUGGAAAAAUCAUCCAGCAUGUUCAAGGACUGGGAGGAGCUUGUGAAGCAGAUUCUGCGUAAAUGUACCAAAAAGAUACAAGAACGACCGGAACUCAUCAUCGAGAUGCUCUUCAGCAAGCUCCAGAGCACUGCAUUCUUCUUGGAGUACGGACAUGAGAGACAGACGACAAGCAAGAGCCAACCGAAACCCGCGGCCGAACUGGAGUUCAAGCACACGGAAGAGCGGGACCAACAAGUUGCCAUUGCAGUAGGUGCGUUGUUGGACAAGAACGGCACCGAGCAUAUCAGUUGGGUAAGACAGGUGUUGUCAGACGCUGAGUCUGAACGUCGGGCAUGGUCUGCCGCCGCGGAUGCUAAACGCGACGCUGAGGCCCUGUUUCAAGAUGAUCCCGUUAUCACAGACACGGAGCCAAAGACGCCUCCUGUAUUCUCCGUCAAACCAGACGGCACCGAACGCCGCACAGCCAUGUUCAAGAACGCACACCUCCGUCUCCUCAUGAAGCUCUCCGGCAUGAAACUUAUGGGGCCAGCAUCUGAAGAAACCCCAGAGAGCAUAUGGAUCAUCCCCGAAACCAUAUCAGCCGACCAGCUCAAAGACACCAUCCACUUCAUCAACCAAGCAGAGUUCAGCCCGCCCACCUUUGAAGACGGCUUCCUGGCAGAACACCAACUGAAGCGCAAGGCAGCACCCAAAAAGAAGGCUGCGUUCGACGACGAUGAGGAUGCCGACGACGACGGCUUCCUUGACGACGAGAUGCUCUUCCCCGCCGGGGGGCCAACGGCCCGCAAAGUCGUCGACGAAAAGAAGAAGCCCAAGAAGAACCGGAGACGCCGCACGGCGAGCAAGCGGGGGGAAUUGGACGACUCUGUUGUCGAGGAAAAGGCCCGCAAGCGCCGGGAGAAGGAGCUUGAAAAGGCGCGUAAGAUCAAAUCAGCACUGUAUGUGCGUGAUGGCGACGAUGAGUUUGACUCGGACGAGGAUGAGGCCUUCUUUGCACGGGAGCGCGAGAUUGCGGCCCGUGCGAAGAAGGCGGCCGAGACGGCGCGCGAGCCGAUUUUACCGCCCAAGAAGAGAAAGUCGACGGCGAUGUCGGACAUCAGUGACGAGGAGGAGGAGGACGAUCUGAGUUUUGCAAGGAGGGUACUGAGUAGUCAGGAGGGUAGGGAAAGCGAUACGGAUGAUACGCCUGUUGAUUUGAGUGACGGUGAGGCGAGGAAGAGAAGAAAAGUCGGUGUAGAGGACCAUGAUGGCGAUGGCGACGCCAACAUGGAUGUUGACAUAAUAAGCAAGAUGACGGAAAUGCAGGACGACGAUGGAGAGGAGACAACACAAGUUGUGGUCACCAGGAGACCCAGGGUACGCGGUGGAUUUGUCAUGGACAGUGACGAUGAUGAGUAG